AUGAAUGAACCGGAGGAUCCAGCUGAACAAAAUGUUGAUAUCUGUCUACUCAAUGAAACUUGGCUGAAAGAUACUCAGCAAUUUAAAAUUUCGGGAUAUAAUUUCCACUAUCAUAAUGCCCAAAACGAGCACGGUGGAGUAGCAAUUUUGAUCAAACCGUAUUUUAAAUACAAUAUUAUUCAAACCAGAUUUUACCAAGACAUCCAGACUGUGGCAUUAUCGUUAUAUGUAAGAGGUAACAACUUAACGAUUUUAUGUGUAUACUGCCCUCCCUCGAAUAGUAACUUCAGAAUAAGUAAACUGCGUGAUAUAAUUAGAGAUUUGCCUAAGCCAAUAUAUGUAGCUGGAGAUUUCAACGCUCAUCAUGUGGCAUUUGGGUGUAUGACCACGAAAAGUCGGGGUCAUCAGUUAUACGAUUUAAUUGAUGAAUUUGAUCUAUGUGUCCUUAAUAAUGGUAACUUCACUACUAUUAAUUAUCCUAACCGAAAUCCAUCGGCUAUUGAUGUCAGCUUUUGUAGUGCUCCAAUCACUCCACUAUGCGAAUGGUGGGUGCAUGAUGAUUGUAUGGGGAGCUAUCAUUUUCCUACACUUACUCGUGUUUUAUUGUCCGUUGAUAGAUACCAAAUUAAUCCUCCCAUUGAAAAAUUCUUAUACAACAAGACAGACUGGACGAAAUACAAUGAGCUAUCUAUAUCUGCUUUUUCAAAUUUUGAAGUUAAUAAUGAGAAUCCAUUACAGUCAUAUGACGAAUUUAUCGAAAGGCUUGUUACACUUAAGAGGGAUACUGUGCCAAAGUUUGUCAAAUCAAAUAACUAUCGUUGCAAACCUCCAGCACCUUGGUGGAAUGACACUUGUGAACAGAGUGUUAUUAAAACUUAUAAAGCUUUAAAACUGUACAGAAGGGAUCCAACCAUUGAUAAUUACAUUAAUUACAAAAGACUUGAUGCUGUUAAGAAAAAGACUAUUUCAGAACAUAAACGCAAUGGUUGGGCUAACAUCUGUAAUACUUUUAGCAGAACUACACCUGUUAGUAUUAUUUGGAAAUACAUCAAGUUAUUUAAACGAAUAAAAUGUAAUAAUAGAACAUAUAAAGACGAAUUUGUUGUCCCUCUCUUAGAAAAAUUAUCUCAAAAUGAAUGUAGGGUUAUUGAUAAUCUAGAAAGUUAUUUUCAAAUUAAUAAUAGCAUUCAGAAGUCCAGUUUCCUCAUAGAACCCUUUACUUGGAGUGAGUUUUGUACGAGUUUACAAUCCAGACGAAACACAACCCCUGGUUUAGAUGAUUGUCCAUACAUUUUGAUCAAAAACCUAAAUCAGUCUGUUCAAAAGAAACUAUUAGCUAAUCUUAAUGCUCUUUGGCACUUAAAAAAAAUUCCUGAAUCUUGGAAAACACAGUGUGUAAUCCCUAUACUUAAGCUUGACAAGCCACCUGAAGAUCCUAACUCAUAUCGUCCCAUAUCAUUGUCAUCUUGUGUUGGAAAGCUGAAUGAAAACAUGAUAAAGAUGCGUCUUGAGUGUUACGUAGAGGCGAACAACAUCAUUCCACAUGUUCAAUAUGGCUUCCGGAGAGGGCGAAGUUGUGCUGACAGCUUCAUCUCUCUCUUGUCAGAUCUGAAAUAUGCCAAUAAUAAUAAUAAGUCCAGUGUUUGUGUUUUUCUGGAUGUUCAAGGUGCGUUUGAUAAUGUAGACCCUGGCAUAUUGGUUCAAGUUCUUUCUGACACUGGUAUACCAGACCAUAAUGUAGAUAGAGCUGUUAAUAGUAUAAAUAAGGCUUUAGAUCAAUUGUACAUAUAUUAUAAUGACAGGCUGGCUCUACAGAUUAACCCCAACAAAAGCAAGGCCAUGAUUUUUAGUAAAGAUUUUCCCUCUAAUGGCAUACUCUACAAUAAUCAUUCAAUAUCAGUUGUACCUAACCAUAAAUUCCUGGGAGUUGUCAUUGAUAACAAACUUUGUUUUGAUUUACAUAUUAAUCACAUUAUAACUAACUCUCUUAAGGGCUUAAAUAUAAUAAGAUGUUUAGCUGGUGUGACUUGGGGUGCAGAUCCCAAAGUUUUAAGUAUGUUAUAUAGAUCUAUAGUCAGAAGCCACUUCGACUACAGUUGUUUAGCCUAUUCAAAUAGUAGAUGUGUAAAAAAACUAGACAUAAUUCAAAACAAAGCCCUACGAAUUAUUUCUGGGGCUAUGUGUUCAACUCCCAUACGAGCUAUGGAAGUUGAAACCAAAAUAAUGCCACUGUGUAUUAGAAGACUUCUGCUAAUAGAGAGAUAUUUACUAAAGCUGUUAUCUGGUAAUGAUAAUGUUCUCAAAAAAAUAGUGCAUUUUCCUAUACAAUGUUCGGCCCAGCAGACAUUGAGAGAUGGUAGCAAAAGUGAGCUCUUUGUGCGCAGUGCUGUUUAUGAUCCCCAAUCCAAGUUUGGUCAAAGUUUUCUUCUGGACCCUAAAUGCAGUAUUUUCACUGCAGAGGUCUCUUUCAUGUGGAUUCCAUCACAUAGGGGCAUAACAGGAAAUGAGAUAGUAGAUAAAAUUGCACGUGAUGGAAUCAACAUGUUGGAUGUUAGCUCUAUAGUAAAAGUACCUUUGACCGACUGUUAUCAAUCUAUUGACAACCAGGUCAAUAGUUUAUGGGGGGUCGAAUUUUGGAAACAAGACCAAGAACAAAAGGGUAAAUGGUAUGGAAAUGUUCAAGCAAACCUACCUGUAACACCAUGGUAUAACAAACUGAAAAUGGCCAGUCGGGACUUUAUUACGACUAUAAAUAGACUGCGUUUUGGACACUCCACCGUCCCGGCCCAUUUGGCUCGGUUGGGCAUAGUGGAGAGCAGCUACUGCACCUUCUGCAAUAAUUCUGUUGGUGAUAUCGAACAUUUCAUAUUUACAUGUAAGUGCUUUUCAUUUGACAGAUUGAUUCUUGUUAGUGAAAUUAGUGACACAGUGCAAAAUCAAGUGACAGUGCAAGAUCCCUCCCGCCGCCUGAGUGAUAUGUUAAAAAAUAGAUCCUAUUACGUGCCUCUAUAUAAAUUCAUCAAAAAUACAGUGGGGAAAUUAUAA